AUGUAUUUCGUUUUAGAACUGCAAAAGAAUUUUUCGAAAGAAAAAAAGAAAAUUGAAGGUUUAAAGUUGGAUAUACAGGAGUUGAAAGAUCAAAUCAAUGCCCGUGAAUUGAAUGAGGUCAUUCCACGUAAGAAUCUUUGGCAACAAUUCAAGGAAAGCAAUAUCAUCGUAAAAGUAGCUGUGGUGGCUAUUCCCAUAUCGGUCAUUGUAGCCAUUUAUAUCAUAAAAAGAUAUUAUUUGUCUAAACAAAGGGUGACUGACGCUGAAUCUGUCAAGGAUAAUGAAAAUGACAAUUUGCUACCUGUGCCAUGGCGUCCUAUUCACAAAACAUUAACAGAAAUUUCGGAGAUAAAAGACGAUCUUAUGCAAAGCAUAUCGGCGGAAUUGAAAAAUCAUGAUUCUACACUCAAUAUUUUACUUCUUGGAGAAACUGGGAGUGGAAAAUCGUCCUUUGUGAAUGCAUGUUUCACAGCUUUGUUACAAGAAGAACAAUAUAUUGCAAGGGCUACAGCUGGAGCAAUGACUAGCGAUAGUGUAACUCUACGGGUAAGUCUUCUGACACAUUUUAUUAAUUAAAUGAUAAUCAAUUAAAGGACUUCUUGAAGGAUGAACUUUUUUCUCUUU